AUGUACACCAGAGCAAAGACCGAUGCAGCUAAGGUGGGCCUCACGCAGCCUGAGGGCUCGCCUGAGCCUGGAGCCGUUUCCGAGCAGGAUGCUAAUAAUGCUAACGAGCGGCUGCUAAUACGCAUGGAGAAGUGUGAGGAUUUGGAAGGAAGGUCGAGAUUGAAUAAUAUUCGCGUGGUGGGUGUCCCGGAAGGCUCCGAGGACUCCCGUCCAACUGUGUUUGUGGCCAAACUGCUCCAGGGCUUGCUCGGCUUGGACGGGGAACCAGUGUUGGAUCGUGCCCACCGUUAA